AUGGGCGACAUCAUCGCCAAACUGGAUGGAAACGCAUUCCCCAGCCUCAAGAACUUUUUUCAGAGCCUCCGCGCGGAGGUCACCGGCAGUGAGGCCACCGCUGGCCUUAUUGACACUAUGCAGAGGGACGCGACCGGCCGAGAGUUCCUCAAGAUCAUCGACAAUGUGGUCGGCACACAGAACAGCCGAUACAACAAUUUGCAGGCCAACGCUGAUAGCCUGCAGGCGACCGUCAACAACGGCGCGGCGGAGCUCGCCCAGUACAAGGAGGCCCUUACCAAGGCCCGCGCCGAGCGGGACACCUGGGAGAAGGCAGCUGGCAGGAUCAGGGCCGGCAGCGGCGACACGCCCGUCGACCGCGACGGCUCGAUGCCGCACCCGACCCCAUUUACCGGCGAUGAGAUGGACACCGCUAAGCGAACCAGCCAGUUCCGCACCUGGCAGACCCGCAUCAUGGGUCGCUGGGUGUCCCGCCCGCAGGAAUUCAGCACCGAGGGCAAGAAGAUCAUCUACGCCUCCGCUCUUUUAGAGGGCAGUGCGGCCGCCGGUGUCUUCAAGGGCGUUGAGAAGGUGACGGCGAGCCCCGACAAUUCGGAUGAUUGGCCGUGGAAGACUGCAACCGACUUUAUGAACCACCUCGCGCGCAAGUACGCCACAAUGGACCUAGCGGCCAACGCGGAAAACAAGCUUCGCAGCCUGUCACAGAAGGACCAGUUCGCGGCGUUUACCGACUUCCUCACGGAGUACACCAACCUUACCGAUGUAUGCGACUGGGAUGACACAGCCCGUGUCCGCGGUUUUCGUGAGAGGCUCUCCCGGCGCAUGCGGGACGCCCUGAACAUGCAGAUCAAUACACCUGAGCGCCACGACUUCGAGGGCUGGGUCACGAUGGCCCAGAAGUUGGCGAUCAACAUGGAAGGCGAAGACCACCUUCGCAAGGCGGUUUCCGGUGACAACAGCAACCAGAAUCGCAACCACAAUAACGGCGGCAAGGCCAGGGACGCCGACGCGAUGGACCUCGAUCAGAUGAGGGUUAAGAUGGCGAAGAUCCCCGAAGAGGAGAAGUUGCGCAGGGUCAACGAUGGCCUCUGUUUCAACUGCGGCAAGGCGGGCCACCAAGCUCGACUAUGUCGCAGCCCUACGAACACCGGUCGCAACGGCCGCGGCGGCGCUCGCGGCGGCGGCCAGCGCGGCGGCUACCACGAUAGAUAUGGGAACCAAGGUCAGCCACAGGCUUAUUACGGCUCCCAGCAGGGCGACAACGGCAACCAAUUUGGGGGCGCGUACCAACAGCCAUGGGGACUCAGUGGCCCUGGCAACAACCCUAACACCAACAAUGGCGCCUAUCACGGCAACCACCGGGGUGCCCCCGCCCGUCGCGGCGGCAUGCACGAUGGUUACAGAGGUGAUUACAGGGGCGGGUACAAGCCUCAGGUCCGUUUCAUGGAUGUGCAGAACCCCGGCCGCGUGGUGGGCGAGGUCGACCCAGAAGGCAGCUGGGGCGGGGAUGGCCAGCCCGCCACAGGGAUAGUUCUUGCGGGCGCCGACGACAGAUUGGUCAUCAGCGCUAUCGGUCAGAAAAAUUCCAUUACAUUGUCUUCCUAUCUCCUUGUGAAUGGCCGCGCAAUCCCGUGUGUAUCGUUGGUUGACUCUGGUUGUACCGGAUUGGCGUUCCUGGACUUCAAGUUCGCGGUCCGCCAUCACAUUCCGCUGACGAAGUUGCGGGAGAGGAAACCACUGUUCCUCGCGGACGGCGCCCUGUCGUCAUGGAUUGAGUGGAAAACGGAGGUCGGCCUGGUGGUUGGCGACCAUCGCGAAAGAUUGCAAUUCUACAUCACAACAUUAGCGGAGGAUAACCCGGUCAUCCUCGGCUUGCCAUGGUUAAGCAAGCACAACCCGGCUGUGGAUUGGAAGAACCUGUCCCUCACUUUCGGCGAGGACUGCCGGGGGCGCUGCCUACCGCUGCAGAUGGCCGGGCUGACGGCACCCACAAACACCAAGAAGCAGUUCCACGCGCGUGUCGAAGACGCCGAGGACGAGGGGGAACCCGGAGAACAUAUAGAGGUCAGCAUCGGCCAGCGAUCGGCGGAGCAAAGGACGGCGAGGUCGCGCAGGAGGCGGGACUGGCGCCACCGCCAACAGCUGGCACGACACCGCGAUGCCGCGGAGGCGAGAGGAGGCCCGCGGUGGACUUUGGCGCCGCCACACGCGCGAGCCAGACUAAUACCGAAUCAGCCUUCCCACACUCCGCAACAGGCGCGGAAGGCGGCCGGAAGGCGGGUGUCCCCAGUCCGACAGGGCAGGCCACCAUUGGUAACCGCCACGCCACCACGGACUGGACGUAUCGACGGCAAAGAUAUCAAGCUGCUGAACGCGCCGAAUUUCGCCCUGUUUUGCCGCCAGAAGGGUGUCACAGCCAUGAGGAUCACCUUCGGCGAACUGGAGGAGGCGAUGCGAGCGGCGCCGGACACCGAGUUACCCAACCUUUCUGACAGUUUCUUCAAGAAUCUUCUCCACCGCGGAGGCAAGGCGGACGACUACAAGGCACAACUGCCUACCGACUUCCACGAUUUCAUCGACGAGGUCUGGCGGGAUGGACCAACGAUGCGUCGUAUUACGGAGGAGGAUGCUCGCAAGUUUUUUGACAAAUCUGACAAGCCGUCGCUGACGGCCGACGAAAUAAAGGCGCGGCUUCCCCCCGAGUAUCGCGACCUAUUCGAGGCGUUUCUACCACAGGAGGCGGACACGUUGCCGCCACACCGCUCGUACGACCACAAGAUCGAACUGGUACCGGGCAGUAAGCCCCCAUUCUCGCGGAACAGACCACUCUCGCCGAUGGAGCUCCGGGUAGUCAAAAGGUGGCUCGACGACAACCUAGUUAAAGGCUUCAUUCGACCAUCAAAGUCCAGCUCGGCGUCCCCCCUGCUACUCGCCCAGAAACCGGGAGGUGGCGUGCGUAUCUGUGUCGACUACCGCGGCGUUAACAAUAUUUCCAUGAAGAGCCGAUACCCGAUCCCACUGAUAAAGGAGACGCUGGACUCGAUCUGUAAGGCGCGGGUCUUUACGAAGCUGGACGUCAUCGCGGCGUUCAACAGAGUCAGGAUCGCGGAGGGCCACGAGUGGCUGACCGCGUUUAUCACGAGGUUUGGUCUUUACGAAUCACUGGUCACGCCGUUCGGCCUACAGGGCGCGCCCGCCACGUUCCAACACUACAUCAACGACGUCUUGUAUGACCUCCUCGACGACUGCGCAACAGCCUAUCUAGACGACAUCCUCAUUUAUUCGAGAAGCAAAGAUGACCACGUCAAGCAGGUCCGCAAGGUUUUGAAGCGGCUGAUCGACGCCGGACUGCAAAUCGACAUCGAGAAAUGCGAGUUCCACACCGUGAAGACAAAAUACCUGGGCCUAAUCAUCACGCCGGGCGGUAUCGAGAUGGACCCUGAGAAGGUCUCGGCUAUCGAAUCGUGGCUGCCACCGACCACCCGGAGGCAGCUGCAACGUUUCCUGGGCUUUGCGAACUUCUAUCGCCGGUUCAUCAAGAACUUCUCGGGCGUGGCGAAACCACUACACGACUUGACCAAGAAGACGGCAGACUGGGAUUGGACAGACCGCUGCCAAGCAGCGUUCGAGCGGUUGAAACAUUGCUUCGCAUCCGCGCCGGCACUGCGGAUCUACGACUGGGAGAAGCCGGCGGUUGUCGAGACGGAUGCCUCGGACUGGUCUGCGGGCGGCACUCUCCUGCAGGAGGCCGACGACGGCGAACUACACCCGGUGGCAUACUUCAGCGCGAAACACUCAGCACAAGAAUGCAAUUACGACAUCUACGACAAGGAGCUCCUCGCUAUCAUCAAAGCGCUGGAGGAAUGGCGGCCGGAACUGGAGGGCACGGGCCAGCGGUUUGACAUCAUUACGGACCACAAGAACCUUCAGACCUUCGCGACCACUAAACAGCUGUCGCCGCGCCACAUGCGGUGGUCGGAGUUUCUCUCGCGGUUCAAUUUCAGGAUUGUAUACCGCCCGGGCGCAGCGAACGCGAGACCGGACGCACUGAGCAGGAAGCCCGAACACAUGCCACAGGGCGUUGCAGAUGACCGGCUGCGGAACCGGAAGCGGCCGCUGAUCGACCCAGACAGUUUCGACCCGCUGACUUUUGACGAACGGGAGUCGUUAUUUGGAAUGAAGAUCUUGCAGCUUGACGUCUCCCGGCACAUCGACGACCUACUGACGGAGAUGUACACAAACUCGCGCCCGCUUCAGGCCGUGAUGGGGGCGCUAACGGAUCCAGGCGCGAGAGCGUGGCCGAGGCAGCUAAAACAGCAGCUGCGAGUGCCAUACGCCGAGUGCCGUGCAGUCGCCGGUAAGGCGUACUUUCGCGACAGAUUGAUCAUCGAUCCCGAGGAUACGGAUAUGCACCUCCAACUAAUCCACCGAACCCACGCCUCCGGCCCGGGGGGCCACCCUGGCCGAACUAAGACACUGGAUCUGAUGAAUCGCAAGUACUGGUGGCCGGGAAUGAGCGUCGCAGUCCGCUCGUAUUGCAAUGCUUGCCUCCUGUGCGAUAAAACGAAAACUCCAAGGUCGCUGCCAACAGGGUUCUUGAAACCACUUCCGGUGCCGAUGGCGCCGUGGCGGGAUAUUUCAGUCGACUACAUCACGCCUCUACCACCGUGUAAGAGGAGAGAGCAAGAUUUCCACCAUGUCGCGGUGGUGGUCGACAGACUAACCAAGAUGCGGCAUUUUAUCCCUACAGCUACACUGGAAGUAGAGGAACUGGCGGAUCGGUUCAUCGAGAGGAUAUACAGCUUGCAUGGCGUGCCAGAAACCAUCAUCUCCGACAGGGGCACCCAGUUUGUUUCAGCUUUCUGGAGAACGCUGUCGGCACGACUGGGCGUGGCACUGAAGCCGUCGUCAGCGUUCCACCCGCAGACGAACGGACAGACGGAGCGGAUCAAUGCCGAGCUGGAACAGUAUUUGCGGCUUUUCUGCGACUGGGCACAGGAUGACUGGGUGGAUUGGCUACCUCUGGCGGAGUUCGCCGGCAACAAUACGACAUCGGAGACGACUGGCGUGUCACCAUUCUUCGCCAACUACGGUUUUCACCCCCGCAUGGGCGUCGAGCCAGCGCAGCCGUGCCCACCGAACAUCACGGAGGCGCAACGCCGCGAGUUCUUCCGCGCGUCAGAAAUCGCUGAGCGUUUCAAGGCGAUUCUCGAGAAGGCGACAGCGUUGUCGAAACAGGCACAGGAUCGUUACGAGGAGAGCGCGAACAGGCGGCGGUCCGACGCGCCCAUCUACCACGUCGGCGAUCGAGUUAUGUUGAACAUGAAGAAUUACAAGACCGGUAGGCCGACGCAGAAGCUGGAGCCCCGGUGGGAGGGCCCGUUCCAGGUGACGAAGGCGUCGUCACACGCGGUGACACUGCGGCUACCAGCCAACAUGAAGAUCUUCACCACCUUUCACGUCUCGAUGGUGAGACCAUACCGCGGAAAGGGCAUCCCCGGCCAGGAGCAAACCGACGACGACGUCACGGCAAACCGGGGGCGGGUAGUCACCAGGACCGAUGACGGCGACGACGUGGUGGAAUGGAGGUUCGAGGAUAUCCUGGAUUACGGGAAGGCCGACAACGGGAGGUGGCAAUACCUGGUCAAGUGGGAAGGCCAUGAUACACCGACGUGGCAACCGGCGACCGAUCUGCGGGGAUGCGACGACGCCAUCUGGAAGUUCCACGAUGCGCACCCGAACCACCCGAGACCGCCUGUUUGGGUAAAAAAGAGGGGGCAUGACGAGGAAGGGCGAGGAAGCCGACAGAGGCAUCGCGAUGGUUACGGCGAUGACGAUAGGGGGCGAAACGAAGGAGGCCAGCCGCGGAGGCAAAGCCCACGGAAUAAAACCGAGGUCACAUGA